CGACACAUCAUACUCGUUUCAGUUGCUAACUUGCAGCAGCAGCCGCCAUAGCCAUAGCCAUAGCCAUAGUUUUCAUGGAGAUGGACGAAGAGCGGACGCGCAGCCCCACCAACACCAACAACAAGAACAGGAUCAUCUCAUGGCCCGAAAUCCAACAAGAGUUCUCCCACCACCAACCCUCCAUCGCCCGACUCAACAACGGCAGCUUCGGCUGCUGCCCAUCCUCCGUCCUCGCCGCCCACCACUCCUUCCAACUCCGCUUCCUCCGCCACCCCGACGCCUUCCACCUCCACGUCCUCCCCUCCGCCCUCCUCCGCUCCCGCACCAUCCUCGCCCGCCUCAUCAACGCCGACCACGUCGACCAAAUCUCCCUCAUCGACAACGCCACCACCGCCGCCGCCCUCGUCCUCCAACACAUCUCCCGCCUCCCUCGAAACGACGCCGCCUCCGCCUCCUUCGUCGUCGUCGUCCUCGACUGCGCCUUCCAGGCCGUCAAGAAGUCUCUCCACGCCUACGUCGCCCGCGCCGGCGGCUCCGUCGUCGAGAUUCAUUUGCCCUUCCCCGUCCGCUCCCACCGCCAAAUCAUCGCCGAGUUCAGAAAGGGAUUGGAGAGAGCCAAAUCCCUCAAUGGCGGCAAAAUUAGGUUAGCGAUCAUCGACCACAUCACCUCCAUGCCCUCCGUCCUCAUCCCCGUCCGCGAAUUGGUCGAGAUUUGCAGAGAGGAAGGCGUGGAGCAGGUCUUCGUCGACGCGGCUCAUGCCCUAGGCACGGUCCCCAUCGACGUCAAGGAGAUCGGAGCGGAUUUCUACGUCAGUAAUUUACACAAAUGGUUCUUCUGCCCUCCCUCCGUCGCGGUAUUGUAUUGCCGGGAAUCGAACAACAACGUCCCUAUGCCGAUUGAAAGCUCUCUCUUCCUCUGGACAGGGACGAGCAGGGACUACAGCGCGCAGCUCGUGGUUCCGGCGGUUAUGGAGUUCGUGAACCGCUUCGAAGGUGGAAUCGAAGGGAUUAUGAAGCGGAACCACGACAAUGUGGUUGAAAUGGGGAAGAUGUUGGCCAACUCUUGGGGCACCAUUCUCGGCUCGCCGCCUCACAUGUGCGCCAGUAUGAUCAUGGUCGGCUUGCCUUCUAGAUUAUGCAUUACCACCGACGACCAUGCUUCCAGGUUGAGGACGCAUUUGCGGGAGUGUUUUGGUGUAGAAGUUCCCAUAUAUUAUGACCCUGCAACCGCAAGAGAUGAUGAUGGUGAAAGCAGAGCAGCCAGGGAUGAGGACGGUGGAGUGAUAACCGCUUACGCCAGGAUUUCUCACCAAAUCUACAACACAGUUGAUGACUACCACAAGUUCCGGGACGCCAUUAAUCAGCUCGUAAAAGAUGGAAAAUUUUGCAAAAUGCUUUCGACCGAAGGAGCAAAGGUAUGAUUAGGAAUUGCUUCUUAAACGAAUUUGCGGAUUGACGCAACUUUAAUUUGCCACCCAGCUCUCAAUUUGACCAUGUAAUUUGAUUUGAGAGGCUAGACUCGGCUUGGCUUUAGGUAGGAAAGUUAGGAAUACAUUCAAACAAAAUGUUGGAAAAGGUGAAGCUUUCUUUUUAAAGGGAUAUGAUUGAUUUUGUUUUAAAGAUACGUAGGAAAAUUUUUUGGAAGAAACUCGCUAUAAGUACAUCCUCUUUAAAAAUAGCUUGGGUGGUGUGGAUUAGAUUUGUUGGUUGAAAGAAGUUUUCAUUUUAUUAACCCACUGCGGUGAUAUGCAUAACAUGGUCUCACUCCCACCAACUGCAAGCAAUGGCUAAAUCCUCUUUUGGGAUGCAAAAGAAGCCAGCUUGUCAUGUAAUUUUAAGACAAUGUUGCAUAAUGUUGGUAUCAGCAGCCUUACAAUUCAAGUUGGAUGGCCCUGGAUCCUCUGACUUA